AUGUAUUUCCAAAUUGCGUUAUCUAUUUUGAUUCUCUAUGCUCAAGCAAAAGAGGAAAAUGAUUUACACGUAGUCUUUGACAAGAAUUCCAAACAAUUCUUCGAUAAAAAUGAAAUCUCCAUGAUCUUCUUCUACACUCCUCAAUGUGGCCAUUGCGAAAGAUUCCAGCCUGAAGUCGAAAAGGCAGCCAAGCAAUUAAAAGAAGAGGGCUUCGUCUUUGCCAAAGUUGAUGGCCACAAUCAUAAAGACAUAGCCAAACAAUUCGAAGUCAAUGGAUUUCCUUCUGUGAUCUUGUCCCAGGAGCAUGGCAAAAAAUACAAGAAAUUCGAAGGACCCAGAACCAGUGACAGUGUUAUCAUGUGGAUGUAUGAACAACUUAAUCCAGGCACCAAGGAAUUGACAACCAUCCAAUAAAUCAGAGAUCAGAUAUCCUCAAGCCAAUUGAUGUUUCUCUACAUGGCUGAAAACCAAGAGGACAGAGGAUACAAAAGAUACAAGGAUUAUAGUCAUGCAUAUGGAAAUCUGGAAUUCUAUCACACCUUUAUCGAAAAUGUGUAAUAAGAAUUAGGGUUUGGUCCUACUGAUUCUUUGGUCGCCUACAAGAAAUAUGACAAAUCUCCAGUCGUUUAUCAACCAAAGUAGAUUAAGGUUGCUGAUUUAAAGGCCUUCAUUGAAACCAACUGGUUCCAGAGACUCUAAGAAUAUAACGAAGAUGUUGCCAAGAAGAUCUUCAAACAAGACAGAUCCACACUCAUAUUAUUGGUUGAUGAAACACAAAUGAAGGACAGAAAUGCUCAUGAUGCACUCAAAUCCAUUAGUCUUGAUCACCCUCAUGAAGAUCACCUUUUGUUUAUUAAAUGCAGUGUCACUAAUCAAUUGUUCCCUGAACUCCAAAAAUAAAUCGGUGAUUUCACUGGAACACCAGCCCUAUUUGGUCUACAAAAAUACGGAGUCUAUAAAUACAAAUUCAACUCAGCAUUUACUAAACAGAAUAUAGACUAAUUUAUUCUUGAUUUCAAAAAUGGAAAAGCUCAAAAACAUUACAAAUCUUAAAAAUUGGAUAAUCCAAAUUAUUCACAACAUGUUGAAAUACUCACAGGCAAUUCUUAUUAAAAAGUUAUCAACUCACCGGAGGAUUGGGUCAUUUUUUAUUACAAUUCGUAUGACUCUGAACAUCUAUCCCUCCUACCUGAAUUCGCUGAAAUAGCCAAGUUGAUCACUCAAAUAAGCAAAGUCAAAUUUGCUGUUGCAGAUGUAACUCAAAAUGAAUUCAGUGAUUUCUCAGACCCCACAGAUAUCUAUAAGAUCAGAUUAUACAAAGGAAACAAAAACUACGCCAAGUUCAUCCAAAAGGUUAAUAAAAUACAAAGGGAAAGAUUGAUCUCCUUUAUUAAGGAACAUUCAAAUUAUGAAUUCCAUGAUGAUAGUAAAGGAGGACAUCAUGAUGAUUUGUGA